AUGAGCCUCGCUAACUUGUUUUUAGGAACCUUCAUACCCACCCCCAUUUCCCUCCCUUCCCACUCCCCUGACUCACUUCAUGAUGACUAUCCAGCAGCCCGAACCGUCCAGUCGACAGUCUUGCAGUGGAACCACUCCGGCCUGUGGUAUGCUUUGACCUUCAAGAGGAGGAAAGAAGAGAGACGGUUUUCUGUCGACAAGAGCUCCACAGGAGUGUCUCUGAAGGAGACUUCUCGUCAGGAAGAGGUGCAGCGUGUACCCAAGGGGGGAGACUCUGAAGACCGUCUGCUGCGGGUGGUGAGGGCACGGUCAAACAUCCACAUCCGACAGGCCUAUUCGACAACCUACGUUCGACAGCCAACAACGCUUCGACCUUCAAGAGGUGGAAAGAAGAGAGACGGUCUUCUGUCGACAAGAGCUCCACAGGAGUGUCUCUGA